CAGACACUUCCGGCGAGGACAUGUGUGGAGAAUGAGAGCCUAACACAAACCUGUGAUCGGGAUUGAAAGAUUGUGGAUUUUCAAUUAUGGGGAGAUUGCGUAAAAGGCACAACUGGAAGGCACGAGUUCAGGGGAGUACUGUGGCAUGCAGUUCGAAACAAUCUGAUGACGACGUCAAGGUUGAGAUUGAUCUGGAAGAUGGGAUUACCUUAAAAGGAGUUGAUGAGUGUAAUGCCCUGGUAUUACCUGCAAAAAGAGCAAAAAAGAAGCAGGUGAACAAAGAAGUUCCAGCACCAAAGCAACCUCUGAGCAAGAAGAGAAGGAAGCAGCUGGAGAAAAUAUUGGAGCAGAAGAAAAAGAAAGUUCAGAGGAAAGAAAUUCUGAGCAAACUUGCAGAAUGUCAGGUCUCAGAGUCAGAGAUGAAACUUUUCUACACUACCUCAAAAAUAGGCAUCGGAGAACGCUUGUACCAGACUAAGCUGUCUGAACAUAAGGUUGACAACGAGUGCCAAAUCAACAGUGUUAGUGGGGCGAACAGGAAAAGAUUCAAAAGAAGCUCUGAGGUUGUGGAGGAAGCACCAGAAUCUGAAACGAGCUCAUCUUCAGACAGCUCAGAUGAAGAAGCAGAACAAAUGGAUGAUGUAGAAAGUAAGGAAAGAGACAGCACACAGACAAAUACAAACGAGAAUGUUAGCAAUGAACAAAUUAAAAACUCGAGCACUUCCAAAGCACUGACAGAGAAACCUUCUGUUGAUAAGGAAACCAGUCAAAAUGCAACAAAGCAACCUUCCUCGGAACCUGCCAUUUUUAUUCCAGUGAACAGGACACCAGAGAUUCAGGAAGCUCGCCUCAAGUUACCAAUUCUAGCAGAAGAGCAAGUUGUCAUGGAGGCCAUUAAGCACAAUCCAGUUGUAGUUGUAUGUGGUGAGACAGGCAGUGGCAAAACAACACAAGUUCCCCAGUUUGUUUAUGAAGCUGGCUACGCCAGUGGUGAUGGAAUCAUUGGCAUCACAGAGCCCAGGAGGGUAGCAGCUAUAAGUAUGUCUGAGCGAGUUGCAAAGGAAAUGAAUCUUUCGCAGAGGGUGGUUUCUUAUCAAAUACGAUACGAAGGAAAUACAACUGAAGACACAAAAAUUAAGUUUAUGACCGAUGGUGUCCUUCUAAAAGAAGUACAGAAGGAUUUUUUGCUCACGAAAUACAAAGUGAUUAUUAUUGAUGAAGCUCAUGAGCGAAGUGUGUACACAGACAUCCUGAUUGGUCUGCUAUCUCGUAUUGUUCCACUUCGAGAAAAGAAAGGGCAGCCGAUGAAACUGAUUGUGAUGUCUGCUACUCUACGUGUGGAAGAUUUUACAGAAAACAAAAGACUGUUUCCAACCUCUCCCCCUGUCAUUAAGGUGGAUGCCAGACAGUUUCCUGUCACAGUUCAUUUUAACAAGCGGACUCCACUUGAUGACUAUGCAGGGGAGACUUUUAGAAAAGUGAGCAAGAUCCAUCGGAUGUUACCUCCAGGAGGUAUCUUGGUAUUUCUGACAGGGCAGGCCGAAGUGAAUUCUCUUUGCAGAAGGCUGAGAAGAGCCUUUCCCUACAGGCCUAACAGCACCUUGCAAGAAGUUGAUCCUGCCGCAGAUGAUUCAGUUGAAGCAAUAAGGAAGUUUAAGAAGGCCAAACCUAAACCAAAUUUACCAAAGAUUAACCUAGAUAAUUACUCUGCAAUGCCAGUGGAUGAGGGAGAUGAAGAUCGAGAGGCAGGUGUGGGUGAUGAGGAUGAAGUUGGUUCUGAUCUUGAUAUGGAUUUGGAAGACAUUGAUGAUUCGGAAGAAGUUGAGAAGUCGGAUCCUUCUAGUCCACUUUACGUUCUUCCACUGUAUUCAUUGUUGGCAGCAGAUAAACAGGCAAAGGUAUUUCAUCCAGCUCCAAAUGGCACAAGAUUGUGUGUGGUAGCAACCAAUGUUGCUGAAACCUCUCUCACUAUCCCAAACAUUAAAUAUGUGGUGGAUUGUGGAAAGGUGAAAAAACGCUUUUACGAUAAAGUUACUGGGGUCUCGUCAUUCAAAGUUACUUGGAUCUCUCAAGCUUCAUCGAAUCAAAGAGCAGGUCGUGCUGGACGAACAGAACCAGGUCACUGUUACAGGCUGUACUCCUCAGCAGUUUUUGCUGACUUUGAGAAGUUCUCUGCAGCUGAGAUCACAAGGAGACCCGUGGAUGACCUGGUUCUACAGAUGAAAGACUUGAACAUUGAAAAGGUGAUCAAUUUUCCAUUCCCAACACCACCAUCAAGAGAGUCACUAAUAGCUGCUGAGGAAUUGCUCAUUUCUCUUGGAGCUUUGGAAGAGCCACCAAAACAUGGAAGGUUUAAGGAAUUAGAAAGAGCAAAGCUGAGCUGUCCAAUCACAUCACUUGGUCGAGCAAUGGCAUCUUUUCCAGUGGCACCUCGAUAUGCAAAAAUGCUGGCCUUAAGCAAACAACAUGACUGUAUGCAGUAUGUCAUUGUGAUUGUUUCUGGGAUGACUGUAAGAGAGCUGUUUGAGCAGUUUGACAGACCAGCAAUCAAUGAUGAGAAGGCAGAAGAACUGAAAAAGAAGAAAGCUAGAGUUUCACAAAUGCAGCGUGUUUGGGCUGGGCAAGGCCCCUCUCUUAAACUUGGGGACAUCAUGGUCAUGCUAGGUGCUGUUGGUGCCAGUGAGUACACAGAAUGUACCCCUCAGUUCUGUAUAAAAAAUGGACUUCGACAUAAGGCAAUGGUUGAAGUCAGACGUUUACGAGGGCAGCUAACUAACGUUGUAAAUGCGGUCUUCCCACAACUUGGAUUGUUCGUUGAUCCCAAGAUGAAACCACCAACAGAAACUCAGGUCCUGUACUUAAGGCAGAUUGUUAUGGCUGGUCUUGGGGAUCACAUUGCAAGGAAGGUCCAAUCGGAGGAUGCGUUAGAUGAAACAUGCAGAAAUGCCUACAAGACCCCUCUCCUCGAUGAACCUGUGUUUAUCCAUCCAAAUUCAGUGUUGUUCAAACAUCUUCCUGAGUUUGUCGUUUAUCAAGAAAUAGUUGAGACUUCCAAGAUGUACAUGCAAGGGCUGACCGUGAUUGAACCUGAGUGGAUCCCUCUCCUCCUACCCCAGUACAGUCACUAUGGAAAACCUCUGGAUUCGCCCCCUCCCCGUUACUGCCCUGGGACUGGUCGGGUUAAGUGUCACAGAGGAAGUACCUUUUUCAGAGUUGGCUGGGAACUUCCUGCGGUUGAAGUAGACUACCCAGAGGGACUGGACCGAUACAAGUACUUUGCUAAAUUUUUGUUGGAAGGAACGGUGAUUAAAAAACUUGCCUCAUACACCAAGUGUCUACUUUCCAGUCCAUCGACUAUGUUAAAGUCCUGGGCCAAGCUUCAGCCGAGGACAGACGCCCUGCUGAGAGCUCUGGUUUCUGAAAAGGUAGACAACCGUGAUGCAUUGCUCACUGCUUGGAAGAAAGAUAACAAAUACCUAUUGUCAGCUUAUUCUCAAUGGCUUCCUGAGUCAGUGCACACAGACGUCUCUCUUAACUGGCCUCCAGUAAAAUUGUAAGAUGCAGCUUUAGUUUCCAGUUGCCGGAAAUAGUUUUCAUUCAGAACUUACCCUCUUUGGUGGAAUUAUAUCCUUCUGAUCAACAACUGAUUUAACAAUGUUUGAAGAAAGAAUAAAAUUUGCUCAAAAGAUUGUAGAUACGAAAUAAUAUU